CGUGGUUACCCCACGCGCUCCGAUAAUUGAACACUCCUCAAGAGCAGACACCUGAUCGCUAUGGCUACUCGUCGAGGAGUUGGACUCGGCGCCUUCGCCAAUCGCACCCAAGCCAGCCAGUCAUUUGCGAACCAUGGCGCCAAUCUACGCUCCUCGCAUCUCUCCUCUUUACAGACGCAACUGUCUGUAUUCCAGUCAUUACUCCACACCUUCGCGCUGGAACACAGCUCCACGAUCAAGUCGAACCCGACGUUUAGAGCGGAGUUUGCCCGCAUGUGCAAUGCCAUAGGAGUCGAUCCCCUCGCAGCCAGCAAUGUUAAAGGAAAGAAUGCGCGAAAAGGGUUAGGGGAGAUUGGCAGCUUCUGGACGCAGAUUAUGGGUGGGGAUAUGAAUGACUUCUACUUUGAGGUCGCUGUCAGAGUGGUGGAACUUUGUCGCGCUACGCGAAGCGAAAACGGUGGGUUAAUAGGUGUUGAGGAGUGUCGGAAACGAGUAGGCAAGGGGAAGGCUAUUGGUAGUGGACUGGAGGUUACAGAUGACGAUGUUCUCCGAGCUGUCAAGAGUCUGGAACCCCUAGGCUCUGGAUUCUCGAUUGUACAUGUUGGCAGCAAGCAAUAUAUUCGAUCGAUUCCCAAGGAGCUAAACACUGAUCAGGCUACAGUCCUCGAAGCUAUUCAGGUUCUUGGAUACGUAAGCAUCUCUAUGCUUCAAGCGAAUCUGAACUGGGAGAAGGCUCGAGCGCAGACUGUCAUUGAUGAUCUACUGGCGGAUGGCCUUGUCUGGCUGGAUGCUCAAGCGGAGGAAAAUGAGUAUUGGUCACCUCAAAACCUGCUAGAUGACAGUGGGUGAGCAUGCUUUGCCGAAGGCUACUGCUGUUUGAUAUCAUGAUAUAUUCAGGGACAAUCUUGGGCGUUGGGGCUGGCGCAAGUGUCCAGCGGGUACUGGAUGCAAGAAGAUAUAUACUAAUAGUUGCUCUUGUCUGGGGACAUACUAAGAAUGGAAGGGGCAAGCAGAGUUCCAAGAUGGAGUGGCUUUAUUCCGAGGCUGCUAUGGAUUCCUCCCCGUCAUGUCAUACUAUAUAUCAUACUCAAGCCUGCUGAGAAUCGUGACUGGUGGACUAUUAAGAGGUGCUAAAGCGACCACCCUAGCUUGUCUUUGAUCUACCGAGGAAUGCUUGAGAUCAGAGCUAC